AUGAAUAUGGAAUAUUUUACAAAGGUGGGGAAUGUUGACGGAGCAGAAGAAAUUGGUUUUGAUGGAGAAAUUCCACCAAGUUUCGACGCUCGUGAAGAGUGGCGAGAAUGCGAUUCUAUCAAGUAUAUCCGCGAUCAAAGCAAUUGCGGAGCCAGCUGGGCUAUAUCCGCAGCUUCGGCGAUGUCCGAUAGAUUGUGUAUCCAAACUAUGGGACAGAUAAAGGUUGGAGUAAAAUGA